GAUAAUUUUGAACUGUCUACUGCACGUCAGUCGGGUGCGGGCGCGCAAAAUGAUUUUAACGAAAAUCAUUAUAUUGUCAUUCUUAUCGUUACCCAAUGAUGUGUAUUGUGCGAGAAUAUUAGGCCUAUUUCCUCAUCCCGGCAAAAGUCACUUCAUGGUAUUCGAGCCUCUACUGAAAAGAUUAUCAGAGUUAGGACACCAUGUCACUGUAGCAUCAUUCUUUCCACCGGAAAACCCACCCGCUAACUACACUCACAUAAAGUUUGAUGGAGCUGGUGAACCCAGAUUGGAUAUAUUAGAUUUAAAAACGAACGAUAAUGUAAAUUUUGUUAGGAGAAUACCCAUCCUCGGUGGCAUUAUCCAGCAGAUGUCGGAUUUCAAUCUGUUAGCUGAACUAGCAUUAACUAAGUGUCAGCAAAUAAUAGAAUUUCAGCCAUUAGCUAAUGUUCUGAAAGAGGACUACGAUUUGGUGUUCAUAGAGAUUUUCAACAGUGACUGUGCUCAAGGUCUCAUACAUCAGUAUGGAAUUAAGGCGCCCAUUGUCGGCCUGUCGUCCUGUACAAUAACGCCAUGGACAGCUUACCGUAUAGGAGUUUCUGAUAAUCCCGCGUAUGUGCCAGUUGUGGGCACAACUCAUACUCCUACAAUGUCAUUAUUACAACGGAUGGAGAACACAUUUAUGUUGCUCUACCAUAAUUUGUGGUACCGGUACAAAGUCCAAGUAAAAGAACAGGCUAUAAUUGAGAAUUAUUUCGGACGGAAGAUGGCCGACUUGGAUUUACUGUCUCGGAAUAUAUCAUUACUGCUUGUGAACACGUUCCAUCCCCUGAACGGUGUCAAACCACUCGUGCCAGGUGUGGUGGAAAUCGGAGGGAUACAUUUAAAUCCAAAUAAAAAAAGUAUUCCAGGGUACAUCGAAAGAUUCCUUAACGAAUCAAAACACGGCGUCAUCCUUUUGAGUUUCGGAUCUCUCAUCAAAACAUCGACUAUACCUAAGUACAAGGAAGAAAUCAUCGUUAAUACUCUAUCAAAAUUCAAACAGCGCGUCAUAUGGAAGUAUGAAGAGAGCGAGCCAGAGGGUACACUUGUGGGCAACAUUCUGAAAGUAAGAUGGUUGCCGCAAUUUGAACUUUUACAACAUGAAAAAGUUGUGGCUUUCAUAGCCCAUGGUGGGUUGUUGGGGAUGACGGAGUCCGUGUAUUCUGGGAAGCCGAUGGUGGUGGUGCCUUUCUUCGGAGACCAACCCUCAAAUGCCGCGGCCGCUGCCAACGCCGGCUUCGCUAAGAUCAUCUCCUAUAUAGACAUGACAGAGAAAGAUUUGGGUGAUGCAGUUAGGAGCGUCCUGAGUGAAGAAAUGCAACUGAAUGCACGUCGAGUUUCAAAAAUGUGGCAGGACAGAGAGUCAGCUCCACUAGAUACGGCUGUAUACUGGACGGAGCGUGUUUUAAGAUGGGGACACUCAGGUAAACUCCAUACGGCUGCAAGAGACUUGUCACUGUAUGAACUUGCCCUUAUAGAUGUUUUUGCUGCGUAUGCCCUUGCCUUAACAGUUAUUUUGUUAUCUGUGUGGUUCAUUCUCACAAAGUUGAUGAGGUUAAUUAUAAAGGAAAGUAAACAAAAAAUACAUUAGAAUUGUUGCAUAUUCAAUGUUAUGGGUGUAGUUAAGUAUUAUUAUCUCUUAAUUUAACCAAAUAAAAACCGUUAAAAUAUUCACGGUUAAGUCAAUAAAAUAAUAUUUAAGUUUUAAAAUGAAUUAUUAUACCCGAUUUAAUAGUAUAAUCUAUACUUUAUCAUACUUAAGGGCUUGUGUGAAAUAUUUUUCAUAACCUACAAAGUGUCUCUAUCUUCCUGUUUUACGAGAAUUUUUGACAAAAUAUUUUUACUUAGUAGUAUCUAGUGAUCGAAAUUUGAUUUCAAUAAAAAUUUUCCAAUUGUACAAUUUUAUAUAUUUUUCGAUUUAAAAAUAGACACAUUCAAUAAAAAAGUAGUUUUAAAUUCCGUAAUUGCGAGUUCCUAGAAUGUAUAGUAUAGUUGUUAAUAAUACAACAUUAUGUAUAGUAUAGUUGUUAAUAAUACGAUAAAUAUAAAAGUUGUAUUUCAAUUUAACUUUAAGGUUUAACACUUUACUCUUACCACUUGUAUAUUGUGAAACUGAACACGAACAGUUUCAUAGUCAUUAAUCUUAGUACGUCUUAGCACCGACGUAGUAUCGACGGAAACAGGAAACUGUCUGUGUUUAGUUACAUAGACUCAUAGUAAGGGUCUAUACCCUUAAUAAUAAUCGUCAACUUUACGAUACACAUUUUCCAAUUUUUAUAAUUAAAUAAUAUUUAUAUAUGUAAUAGAAUUGUUAUUGAGACCGUUUUUCAUAUUUUUUUUUGAUAAAAAAAUAUUGAUAUAUUUUUGUAAAAUUAUCAUUUUUUUGUACCUAUUUUUAUUAUGCAUACGAUGAAAAUGUGUGAAAAAAAUGUACUGUACAUGUAAAUUAAAUACCCUAUAUACUUUCUUCGUGGAGACAUAAAAAGAAAACCGUCGUAAAACAAUGAUCUAGACUUAAAUAUAAUGAAAAUCAUUCAAAUAUUAAAUACAACCAAAAUGAAAAGCGUUUGACCAUUUAAUGUAAUAUCUUUAUUAGCUCGACAAUGUUUUAUAAACAUAUUGCCAUUUUAUGAUUUACUGUUGUUACAUAUUCAUAAAAAAAAAAAUAUGUUAAUAUAUCUGUAAAUGUUGAGAAUAAA